AUGUCGUCCCCUGAUAUAGAUCAGGCCGCCGUCAACGAGACGCUGCUCGAGCGUCGUCAGGUGUUGACCGACGGGCUCAAAAGCCUACCAUACGACCUGGUCCUGUAUCUCGAGCGUGCGGUCAUCUAUUCAGAGCUCGGAUACCCCGACCUCGCGGCCGGUGAUGCAUACCGGGCUCUUCUCCUCGCUGACGAAGUUUUGAACGACGGCUUCGAAUACCACGACCAGGCUAAAGAAUCCUUGGCGAGAUAUAACGGAGAGCUUCUCCCAGAGGCUGUGGUCCACGGGCAGCUUGCCGAAGAGUAUCCCGACCUGGCCAAUGGCACCCCCGGUGAUCCCGACGUUGCCUCUGACCAACUGGCACGCCUGGCGUCGAUAAGAGCCUAUCAGAUACUGUCGCUGAAUCUCUUGCUGUGCGGCUGCUUGAGAAGUGCCCUGCAGUUCUGUGAGCGAGGCCUCGCUGCUGCCCCGCACAACGAGACGCUGCUGCGCACAAAGGGCCAUAUUGAUACUGCGGCUAGGCAGAAGCUUGGCCGGCAGACCUAUGAUGUCGAUGAUUUGCCCGACUUUGGCCUUGUCCGCCGAGAGGUUUAUCCAUGGAACGAUCAUGAGCCCGACCGCUUUUCUCCAGAAUCCCUGCAGGCUUUGAACGACGGCUUGAGGGAGAUGGCUCCCAAAUGUGCCGUCCAAGUAGCAACUCUGCCCGUCUUGCAAGAGGCGGACAGCGAUACAGACAGCUACGAAGACGUUCCCACCUGCAAACAGCUUGGCGUCUUCGCCCAGGAGGAUAUCGAACCUGGCGAGGUUGUGCUCAGGGAGUACACUCUCCUAACAGCCAAUAACCGACACAAGGAUUCGGUUUGCGAUGCUUGCAGCUCCGAACUCGCCCCGCUUGGCAGCGAGAACCAGUCCAUUCAAUGCGAAGAGUGUUUCGAUACUGUCUUCUGUAGCCAGGAGUGUUACGACCAAGCUCAGAGCCGCUAUCACCCUGCCGUCUGCGACAAGGAUGUGGAUUCCAUCGCAAAGGAUCCCAGUGCGUUUGAAGCCGAUGAGACGCUGCAUCUCCUCUUACUUGCCAGAGUCCUGGCGAUGGCCGUUAAUGAAGAUGUUCAUCCGCUGGACGUUCGGGAGGUCAAGUUCAUUUGGGGCGAUUUCAUACCUACAGAAGCAAACGAGAUCGAUACGUCGCCAAACGCUGGUCCUCCACCGGAGUGGACGCUUCCCUUCUCCUUCAAGUAUAAUAUCGAGACGCCUCUCCAUAUCCUGGAAAAGAUGGACAUAGAUAUCUAUGCCAACCUGAUGGAAUACGAUUUAUGGGUACUCAACACGCUGUACGCCAAGUUUCGAGGAACAGCGUCGGCCCGCAAGAACCCUCGGGACGGAAGGCCGGAUGUUGCCGCGGUGCAUCCUUACUGGUGUCUCGCCAACCACGACUGCGAUCCAAACGUCACAUGGGACUGGAGCGGUCGCAUGGUUCUCACAGCAAGGAAAGAGCGUGUCGUGGGCGGUCGACCUGGAGGCAUCAAGAAAGGAGAGGAAAUCCUCAACCAUUAUUGCGAUGUGACUUUGCCAGUACAGCAGCGACGCGAAUGGGCCCGAGGAAGCCUUGGCGGCUGGUGCAUGUGCAACAGGUGUCGCACUGAGGCAUCGGAGAACAAGACGGCUGAUGGUGGAACAUCAGCAUAA